GCAGAGGUCGGCGCAGCAGACGUCUGCCGUGCCUUCGAGGUCUUUCAGUCCAUGCAGAGAGAUGCGGCGGCUUGGCAGCUCGGUUCGGCAUCCCCAUUGUCAGAUCACCAAGGACACCGAAUAGCCACCGGUGACAUGCUGUCUUUGAUUGACCUGGCUGUUGAAAUGCCGUCUGCCGCAGCGGCAACUGCUGGGGCGCUUCUCCGGCGGUCCAGUGUGGGCACGCCUCUGGUUCCGAACAUCUUCCAGCGAGUGCCUGAAGAGCAG